AAUGAUAAUAAGUGGACCAAGUAUCUCUUAGAAGCAAAUAAUGAACGUCGCAAGUAUUCUAGACCUGAUCGAACUAUUUUUAUUUGGGAGAAUGCUAAUUUUUUACGAAUUCUACCACAACAUUCAACUCUUCCUAAUAAAACUAAUAUGAAUAACACAAAUAAUGUUUAUUUACUACUCAAAUUGGCUGGAAUAGAAAAUGAUUUUAAUAAUAAAGUUUUUGUACCUUUAAUUCCCAGUUACUGUGUUUAUACAAAAUUAGGGAAAACAUAUUUUAGAUUAGAUUUAGAGUGGUGUAAUAAAGAAAAUACCAUUUUGUAUAAAUGGAAUGAUUUUGCAAAUGAUUAUACUUUUACAAAUCUUAGAGAGUUUAUUUCACAACAUAUUCCAAGCUUCUUUCAAUUAGAAAGAACAUUAUUUCGUGCUGAUUGUCAGCAUGAUAAUAUUCUUAAACAAGCAAAACGAAAGGUUAAAGAAUUGCAAGAGUAUUUAUAUUUUGAGGAUACUCACAAUAAAGGAAUUAUCAGAGAGGGAUUACCUAUUGUAGCUGACGGAUGGCAAGGAUCAAAUGAGAUAGUACAAGCUUUAGAUACUGUUUAUAGACUAAAAAUUCAAAAAGAGAAUGAAUCUGACUUUCUAAGUACCAAUAUCUUUUUAGAAUUAAUUUUAAAUCAAUCAUGUAUCACUUGUCAUGAUAUAAAUCCUUCAAACUGCAAAACUAAGAUCAGAACUAUUGGAUUGAGAAUUUGCAUUACUAAGAAAUGUAUGCUAUGUUCUGAUGAGCCAAAAUAUUAUAAUGAAAGGUCAGAAGAUGAUUUCUCUAAAUGCCUAGCAGGUGCUGGUUUAGUUGGAGGCAUUAAUAGAGAAGAAUUGCAAUUUAUGUUAGCAUUAUUAGGAAUUAUAAGACAAAAUGGACAUCAGCAAUAUUUUGAUAAACAAGAAGAAUUUUUCUCAAGUUUAUAUCAAGUAGCAAACAUUAGUGUUGAAGAUGCUUUGGUGACGGCAUCUUCACAGGCUAGUGAAGAAAUUAUCUUUAAUGAAGAAUUGGAAGGUUAUGGGCAUCGUCCAGUUUUAGCUUAUCAUGUAGUUGAAAAAAAAUGUGAAUAUGAAACUAAAGAUGGAAAACGUGUUACUAUUCAAGAGGGUAAUUAUGAUAGUAGCUCACAACAGAUGGAAUAUAUUAUAUUAAUUGCCAUAAUUGAAAAGAUUUCAACAAUACUAGAAAAAUAUAAUAUCAAAUUAAAUGUUAGUGUUGAUGGAGACCUUUCUACAAAUAAAACUUUAGCUUUGUUAAAUGUAGUCAACCAAAUAUUUGCAGACUUGAAACAUAAAGCAAAAAUUAUGCAAUCAAAGAUAGCAUCAGAUCGUAAUUGGAAACAUCUUGAACAAUCAAUUAUGAAAUAUUACACAAGAUGUAUUUAUGCAGCUUCUGUCAGAGCUAAUAAUUCAGAAAUUCCAACUCUAACCGACAAGGAAUUAGCAUGGAUACAUACUAAGGGUGUAAUUUGUCAUUUACAAGGAAAUCAUACAAAAUGUUGGUCAGAAGUUUGUUGGAUUGUAAAUAAUUCUGAUUUGAGCUUACCAACUCCCAAUUUAGUUAGUACAGAUGAUAAUCAAUACUGGUGGGAAAAGAGUUUGAUAUAUGCGGUUGCAAGUAUACUAUUACAGAGAUUAACUGUAAUAUUUACUCCUCAAAAAGCAUUGAUGGAUGAUCAAGUACGAGAAAUGGUAGGAAUGGAAAUACCAGCGGCAAUGUUAUAUGCUUUUUCAAAACAAUCACCUUUAAUACAAGAAAAAAUUUUUGCCGAAAUUGCAAGCAGAUUAUAUGAAGCACAUUGCAUAGUUUCUUAUGAAGGAUUUCGGAACGCAUGGAAAAAAUUGGGAACUUUAAAAUGUGACUUUCUGAUGAUUCCUGUUUUAGCUUUAACUGCAACAUGUUCGCCUGUUAAUGUAGAAAUUAUACAAUCAAUUUUAAAAAGGCCUAAUAUGAAAGUUAUUAGAACUUCAAUUAUUUAUCAUAAUCUUGAAGAACACGCAAUUAUUUAUGGGGCUACAGUUAUAGAGUGUAAUGAUAUGAUGAAAAAACUUCAAAAAAAUUUUGACCCAGCUAUUAUAGAAAUGUAUCAUGGAAAAUUUACAAGUAAAGAACAAUCUAUUAUAUCUGCAAAUUGGAAGAAUAAAAUUAUCAAGAUAAUGUCUACAACUUCAGCUUUUGGUAUGGGUAUAAAUGUAAAUGAUGUUACUUUAAUAAUUCAUACAACUUUAUCAAUGUCUUAUGAUCGAUAUAUACAAGAAAUUGGUCAGGCUGGACGAUCUGGACAACAAUCCAGAGCAAUAUUAUUUUAUUCACAAAGUGAUAUCUGUACAUUAUUAACAAUUUUGAGUAAUGGGCAAGAAAGUAUUACAACAUUCAUCUAA